AGUCCUUAAAGUGACAGAGUACGCUGGCGUGUUGAGCGGUGUAUAUUGUCUCAAAAUGUCGCGGGAGUGCGAGUCUCAGCCAUUGUUUAUUAUCAUAAAGUGAUAAAUCAAAUGACUUUGCAAUAAAAUUUUUGUUUUAAUACAACAACAUUCAUCAAUAAGUGUUCAGUUCUAAACAUUUUAGUGUCAGUGAUUUAAUUCGGUGGACUGUUUUAUUGUAAGUGCUGAACCGGUUUGUAAUUUUAGCAAAAUAUAUGGAGGUUAUUUAUAAUAUUAUAAUACAUUUUUCAGUAAAACACUAUCAGUAACGUUAGAAAAUUUUGGGACUCUAUAUAAAUAAUUUAAUUUAAUUUAUAUUAAUAUAAAAAAUUAAUCGACACACCAUUAUUGGAAUUAAUUAAACGUUCUAUUAAAAAAAACCAUCUCCGUAUGUAAUAGAAAGCUAGAAUUACAAAUCGCAGCGUCAAAGUACAUUAUUUACAGGCAGUAAAAAAAAAUGCUCCCGUUCUUCGAUAGUUGAAUGGCGGCCAUAUUAACAGUGGUAUUGGGAUGUGAUGCGCCGACUCGACCCCGCCCACAAUGAGCUUCCUCAUGAACGGUGGAUACCAGCCGCAGCCCGAUCCGAAAUUCCCACCCUCGGAAGAGUACAGCCAGGCUGAUUACAUACCACCAGGAGAAUACUACCAGCACCAACACCUACAGUAUGGCUACCAGCACCAGUAUCCAGUACAGAUUGGUACAGGAUAUGGAUAUGGUGGUUAUUACCAUCCUAUACCACAGCACCCACCUGUAGCGCCACCACCACGGCCGCCGGAACCGUCUCAUCCGUCUGAAGCGGACCACGGCUUUGUACCGCACAACGAUACAGCCCCAGGAUUAGCUGAACUGGGAUUAAGGCUGGAGAGGCAUAUAGAAGAAGCUGCACCAGCUGGGAGAAAACUCCAGGCGUUAGGCCGCGAAGGCUCACCCGCCUCGGAGUUGGAUGACGAAAGACUACUCCUAGACAGCCCUCCGGUAGAAGACGAUGAUUCCUCUAUAUGUUCUGAUAAUACAGAUAGAGUUAUUUACCCCUGGAUGAAGAAGAUUCAUGUCGCUGGAGCCUCGAAUGGAAACUAUCAACCUGGAAUGGAGCCGAAGAGACAGCGGACGGCGUACACGAGGCACCAAAUAUUAGAAUUGGAGAAGGAGUUCCAUUACAAUCGCUACCUUACUAGAAGAAGGAGAAUAGAAAUAGCGCACACUCUAGUCCUAUCGGAGAGACAAAUAAAAAUAUGGUUCCAGAACAGAAGAAUGAAAUGGAAGAAAGACAAUAAACUACCGAAUACCAAAAAUGUUAGGAGAAAAACUAAUCCGGCCGGAGUGACUACGACCACAACAAAGGGAGCCACGCCAAAGAGUAGAUCUAAUAAAAAUACAAAUAAUAAUGAUAAGAAAAAAUCAAAUAACAAUGGACGUCCGGACAGUAUAGAGAAUGUGACAGAUAAUAUUAUGAACGAGCUGCACUGUGUCGGUGUUCAGCAGAACAUGUCGCAUGAUCCGGCGAUAAGUCCGAUGACGCAUCCGUCUAACCAGAUGAAUCCAGGACAUCCUAUGACGGCACACCACUUGCACAUGAUGGGAAUGCACGCUGGGCUGGACCCGUCACUAGUGGCCAAUCUAUCAGCCCACGGGUCACCAGUUGGCAGUACCGGCUGCGGGACUGGCAUCAGUACUGGCAACGCACCCGUCAUCAAAUCGGACUAUGGACUCACCGCCUUAUAAUCUAUAAAAUGUAAAGACUAUAUUUUCAUUGAUGGACUAUGAUUUAAUUCUUACCAUUCCUUAGUAUUUGUAAGGUGUAAUAAAGUGAUGAUAAAAUAUAGCUUAAGAUGAGAUGUAAGUAAAUUUAGUUAUUAACAGUCAUGAAAUUGGAUGUUUGGAUAGUUAAGUGAAAACUUUACAAUGUCAAAAGUGUGAUUAUUUUAGGGUAGUUAUUUGAGUGUUGGGUUUGUACUUUUCUCUGUAAGUCAUUGUCCUUGAAGAAGUUUCUAAAUCUGGUGACAACUGUAUAACAUCAGUUUUAUUGUUUAAGCAAAUCCGUUACCAAGAAAUGUGGAGAUGUAAAGUGUAAUUUUUUAACAUAUGUAUGCCUGACAAAUUGACAUUAUAAUAACACAUUCUCUCUAUAUUUUGUAAUGUUUGUAUAUUUGAUAAACAUUUGUUUAUUUUUGCUAUGUAAGUCAUCUUUAAGUAAGUUAAUUCUGUUACAAUUAGCGAGUAUUUAUUUAUUUUCCUAACAUCUGUUUGUAUAAUAUUUAUAUCUAAUACUAGUUUCAAGAUUGUAACAAUUUACUCAUAUUUUAUAAUAAUAUGAAAUAUUAGCAAAACUUAUUCAUGGUUUAAAAUAUCUGAAUAAAAUGUGAUUAAGACAAUGGCUUAGGUUUAGGUACAGAAUAAAAGAAAUAAUUUUAACGGAAACAUUGUUUUGUAACUAAAAAAUAGAAAAAAAAAAAUGUGAAUAUAAAACCAAUAAAAUAUAGUAUAAAUCUGAAA